GGAAUUCUACUACAUUCAAAUGGAGAAAUACGCCAGACAAGCUGUAUCAGAAGGAGUGAAGAAUGGUGAUGAUUUGCAUGUGGGAGCAGAUUCCGAGCUAUACCGAGUGCUCAAUCUGCAUUACAACAGAAACAAUCACAUCGAGGUUCCUUCCAACUUCAGGUUCGUAGUGGAGCAAACGCUCAGGGAAUUUUUCAAAGCCAUCCAAGAAGGUCGCGAUGCAGAACAGUCGUGGAAAAAGUCGAUUUACAAAAUCAUCAGUCGAAUGGACGAUCCGGUGCCCGAGUACUUCAAGUCGCCCAAUUUCCUGGAACAACUGGAGUGACCUUCCGGCCAUUCCGAGCAAAAAGCAGUACCAACGGCGACAGUGCCGGUACCAAUGGGCGGGCUCUGGUACUAAUUGGUACCGCUUUGGCUCCAAAUCUUGCACAGCGAAUCGGUGACUGUUUUUACAAUGGUUUUUUCGAGUAGUCCCGAUACCCGGACGGCUUUGAAGACAUUGGACAUUGUUAUAGUUGUUACAGGACGGUUUCCAUUCUUACAAAACGCCGAACUUGGCGAACAGUGAAUCGCAACCAAAAAUAUCAAUCAAUUAUCCAGUGAUUACCUGAAUAUUUACCGGGUAGCGAAUGUUUUAUAUUGACGGCAAGUCCUAAUUUUUGUGUAUCAAGCCAGCAGGUAACAAGUUCAAAAUCUGCACCAAUUCAAAACUUCCGUUUACUCUUUGGCAUGUUUUUGUUUCGAGCCACUGUAAACUGUGCUGCGUCCACGCCCCUGUACAUAUAUAUAAAACACCCAUCUGCCUUGUAUAUACAUUUUAGUUUAUAAUUUUUUAACCAAAGGUUAUAUUUUUGCUAGUCGUUGAAGAUGAGAGAGAGAGAAUGUUAUAGGAAAGUGGUUAUUUUUUGUUUUCGCUCACCGGCAAUCUGGGCUUUUGGCCAGUUUGUCGGUGAGUGAUCCGGGCAAAAGGCGCCGCAAUUUUGGCCAGUUUGUAAAAUAGUUUAGAAAUCGGCAGCAUCCCAUGCAAACAACACUGAAAGAGCCUCAGUUGCGACGCCUUUUCCCCACCUUUAUACACACCGAUUAUGUUUGUAAUUGCUGUGGUUGAAUAUUAAGUAGAUAUGCCGCUUUUUUGAGUUUCCGGGGAAGGUUGAGACGGAGUUUGAGCUUCGAAGCAUCAAGCUCGGGAUUUGCCCAGAACAAAAGCCGGCUCCUCAGCUCCGUUUCAACGUUUUCCAUGAUCAUUUUCCUCCAACACUUAGACUAGUUGCUCUGAUUGUUUAUCAUUUGAUUUGCAUGUCUGCUUAAUAUUUGAGGCAAUGAUUAUUUUUAAUUUACUAUUAUUUAUUUCACCAUGCACAUUUUUAGUUUAGGACAUUAUACACGAUCUCGUUGACACGUGUGAAGCAACUAGUCAGUUUUAACAUAAAUAAAUAAUAUAUUUUUAUUUGGUUUUA